UCUUCCUCCAACCCCAAGCAAAGACCUGUGCUUUCCAUGUGGAGGUCCUGAGAUGGCCUAGAUCCAUGGAGCUCUGUUUUCUUCCUCUAUAGGGAAAGCAACGCAUAUGUUCUUUUCUUAAAUCCACACCCACAGCUACUACCCGAAGCCCGAGCAACUAACCAAUAGAAGAGUUCAUUGCACACCAGCAAAUUGCUUGCCUUGACGGUUAAUUUUCUGUACUUCUCCCUGGCCACAAGAAAUUUUCACCUGGAGAGAGUUUCUUGGGUUUUCUCCAAACAGAACACCUUGCAGCUACCUUGCCAAAUCCCAAGAGAAUUUUUAUUCGGUGUUAGUGCAGGUUCAUCUGGAGUUGCAGAGAUGGGUUAGAUUUCUGGAGCUUCUUUCGUUAAUUUCGGGGUCCUUCCUACACAGACAAAUUCACCAUGCCUCAACUGGAGCUUGAUGAGUACAGAGUCGAGGAUGCGGUUGAAAGAAUAAUCCCUUUGUUGGAGGAUACCGGAAUAACUGCACACAAGGCCAUCUACUUUGACGGAUGGGAUGGACUGGCUGCUUCUGCUGUGCUCAGAGCUAUAGCAGAGGACCCUCCACCAUCUCUGAAGAAGAAAUUUGAUAAGAUCCUCCACAUUGAUUGCUCGAUGUGGAAGAGCCGAAGGGCACUCCAGAGGGCGAUCGCUGAUGAACUCAACCUUACUCAGAGGGUAAUGGCGGCUUUCAACAGGCAAGAUGAGGAGGAUGAUUUCAGCGGAGUAGAUGAAGGUUCUAGAGCUGAGAUUGGAGAAGUUUGGUUGCUGAUAACUGAAUCCCUGUUACGAUGCCGAUACUUAGUUGUCUUUCACAAUGGAAGCAAUGAUACGGUGGACUUGGCUAGUUGUGGUAUUCCACGACCUGAAUUCCUUGGUUCUAAGAUACUGUGGACUUUCAGAGGAAGGCUUCGGCUCAACCCGCAAGUAAAAGACAAGGUGGACAGUUCACAUUUGAUUAUUUAUCGGCCUAUUGGCUGGGACUUCGACGAUGACACUGCUAAACUAAUAUUGGAUGAGGCUACAGAAAUUGUCAAGUCCAUACAGCAUAAGCAGAGCAUCACCCCAACAAUAGCUGCCAAGUGUAUCUCCUACAUAUUGUGGUUGAAUCAUGAAGAGGGUGGUGGUACCAUGGACUACAAUUGGACUACCCACGCUUCCAACUAUUGGGUUUGUGAUGGAAUUAUCGAAGAAGGUCAGUCUGAUGACUCCUGGGAGCUCUCUACCGCUCUCCAUCAACAGAUACGAUUAGAGGACUGCUCAUAUCAAACAGUCAAGUUCCGUGGUCAUGAAUACAGGGAACAUUGGAAGUCUGUCAUUGAAGAUCCAUCUAACAUUGAAGAAGGGACAUCAUCCUAUUUCCUUAGUGCCAAAAACGGAUUAUCAUUGCCACGUAAAAUGUUUCAACAGUCGUAUAGACUUCGUGUACUGAAACUGUCUGGAUGCAAUUUCAGCUUCUAUUCCCCUCCAUUCUGCUGUUGCCAUAGCCUAAGAUUCCUUGGAUUAGACAAAUGCAAAGAUCAACCGCAGGAAGAAGAGGACAGGCAAAGGAGACCAACAAUGAAAUAUCUCCAUAGCCUAUGGGUGCUAGAUGUUAGGAACAUGGAUUGGGAAUUGGAUCUAUUGCAAGACUCGAUAGAGCAGAUGGCUGUAAACAUCAGAGAGAUUCAUGUAAAGAAUGGAAGGAUUUGGCGCAGCAACCUUGCAUGGGCACAACUGCAGAACCUUUGCAAGCUUCGAGUAAUCAAGCUCCUUGACCUAUCUGGAAACAAUGCCAUCCAAGUUUUGCCGACCUUGUGUGGGGCAACUGGAUUGAAAACUCUCAUCCUAGAUGGUUGUGCUGAGUUGGAUCAUGUUGGUCCAGGAAUACCUCCAUCACUUGAGUCAUUCAGUUUCGAUGUCGGAGCAGGGGAUGAUGGUAACAACACAGCUAAAAUAUCACGUAUUACCUUGGCCGGUUGUCCAAAACUGGUCCAGUUCAGAUUGCUUGGAUCCCUUUCAAAGCUUGAGGAGCUAGACCUCUCUGGCACACCGAUGAAAAUUCUAGACCUGAAAAAGGAGAUCCAAGUUCAAAAUCUUCAACGAAUCUUCCUGAUAGGAUGCAAGCAGCUCCGUUCAAUUAUUUGGCCAGAAAAAAGGAUGGAACAACUGAGGUUAGUAUGCAUUGAUACGCGACAGGAAUUAGUGUUGACGGAAACAUCACGUGAUUCUCUUGUCUGCCCAGAGCAGGAAAAGUACUGCCAUGCACGUGUUUCUGUCACAGAUAUGAGGUUCUUUCAGUCGUUGGUGACAAUAGAUGGUGGAGAGUUUCCCUGGAUCACUACCCCGUUUAAGCUGAAUCUCUACCUGUCGUGCACUAGCAAUGACGAUGGAAAGAACUGCAUUUUUAUUAGCAGGACUGAAAAACUUGUUCGGUCGUCAAAUCUACACAAGCCAUUAAUCUCCAUGGCAUGCCGCAUCUACAAUGACAUCAGCAUUGAAGGGAUAGCUACUAAUAAAGCUGAUGGCAGUAGUGCGCUACAGUUUGAGCCACAAGACCUCCAUGUUGAGAUCGGUCAGGGGACAAUCAACACUAAAGUGCUCAAUCCACAAGGAGUCAGGGCUAUAAGGUUUAUGAUGGACAGGGUCAUGUCGUUGCACGUGCAUGACAGUUGUUCCAUCACCACUAUCAUCCCUAAGCACAUUGCAUCAGCAACUGGCCAGGAAAUUCAUUACCCUGCUCUUAAGUGGUGCCAUGUGGAGAAAUGCCCAAAGUUGGAAGUUGUCUUCCAUACUAACUAUGAUGGCGAUGACUAUUUUUUUGAUCAACUGGAGACCUUUUGGGCAGUUGAUCUCUUGAUGGCCCGAUCGAUCUGGAGCAGAGGAAGGCCAUUUGACAGGGAGGACGAUGUAUCCUUUGCAAGACUGCGGGCCAUACAUCUGCACAUGUGCCCCAGGCUCCAAUUUGUCCUCCCGUUGUCAUGGGGACAUACCUUGUCCAGCCUGGAGACCAUCCACAUAGUCUGCUGCCGUGACCUCAAACAGGUCUUCCCAGUGGAGUCUGGCUUUUUGAAGCGAGUCGCUACCGGGCAUCCAAACGGCAUGCUGAAAUUCCCAAAGCUCAAGCACUUGUACCUGCACGAUCUCUCCUGCCUGCAACAGAUAUGCGAGGCAAAAAUAUUUGCUCCCGAGCUGGAGACUGUCCGCAUCAGGGGCUGCUGGGGCUUGAGGCGCCUCCCGGCCACUGACCGCCAUCAUCGAGAUGGACAUCUUGUUGCUGUGGAUUGUGAGAAGGACUGGUGGAACAACCUGGAGUGGCAUGGGCUGCACGUCGGCCACGACCCCUCCCUCUUUGCGCCGCGCCACCCGGCGUACUACAAGAAGCGAUUGCUGAGAACCACGGUUCUCCGGUGAACCGGCCUCAUGUACUUUGUUGCUUGUUCGCUUGUCCAGAUGUCGUGGGUGAUGGAGGAGAGACGACAGCGGCAAGCUCUGCUUUCUGUUGCGUGCUUACCUCGCCGCGAGGGUCCAGCUGUUUGCUUAGCUAAGUCUUCGAUGUGUUUCCUCAAGAAUAAACAAUUGGCAUCCGAUGCUGCCUGUAUCUGCCAAAUUUAGUGUGUUAAUAUGCUUUUUUCUAUGUUGAUUUGUAUGCAUAUCUGACAAACGUACCAUAUAUGUUUGGUCUUGCUUUGCUAUGUGUGUGCGCUUUGAAAUAAGAGGCCUGAUGAGGCUGUAUUGUUUUGUGUGUCUA